UUUGUUUACUAAAGAAACUUCUUAUUAGUUAAAAAAAGAGUUUUUAUAAAAUACUAAAAUAUGAAAUAAACUGAGCGAAACUAUGGAUUUAAGCGAAAUCCACAAGGGCAACGUCAUUAAUUAAAAAGAAGAAGAAGAUUGUAAUUUUUUACAAGUGGAAAUUAUUUUAUUUUAAUUUAAUUACUUGACUUUGGCAGAAUUGUGCGAAACGCGCAGAUAAACCUAUAAUAAAAGGAGUUUGCUAUCAGCCACCAGUAUUUAUGUGCUUAUUAUCUAUGCUAUCAGCUUAACAGAGAGAGAAAAUAAAUCUUUAAUUUGUCAACACAAAAUCGUACAAUAGUUUACUGACUCGUACUAUGCAAACAGAUUAUAUUACUAAAAAAAAUCUAUCUUGCCAAAAUUUCUAUAAUAUAAAAUGGCUGUUUACGCAGCACAUUUAACACGCACUCUCCAAGGUACACCAUCGAUAUUUCAAGUCACCGCUCAAGAGGCCCUUGGGUCUACAGUAAAACCAGCUUUGAGGAAACUAGUUGAGUACCUAGCAGUAUCAUAUCCCAGCAAAUGUGAUUGGUGUGUGAGGUGGUUUGAUGAGCUCUACCUUCUACUUGAUGCCUGUCUGCAGUAUCACUACCUCAAACAUUAUGCUGCUUCAUUCUCUGAGAGCUUCUAUGGGUUACUGCGUGUACCACUGUCAGUGAGCAAUGAAUUCAAUUUGGGUCACCAUAGGCUUCCAGACAAUCUAGAGAAAGGAUCAUUGAUAUUAUUAGUACUAGUGCCAUACUUAAGAGAAAAAGUGGAAAAGAUUAUCGACAGAUGGAGAGAAGAAUACGAAGAUGGAAAUUUUGGAAAGAGUACAAGAGAUAAGGUCCGGAUGGCUGCCAUCAAGUUGUAUAGCAUAGUACAUGUAUGUAGUGCAGUGGGUGCACUGGUGCAGACUGGGCGAUACCUGACCGGCGCCGCGCAGAGUCCGACGCUCGCGCAUGCGGCGCUGGGCCUCACGUUGCGGGACGCGCCCGAUAACCACGAUCACGAGCAAGACACUUGGGGAGAAUUCGCUAAGGCCAUAUUCACUGGACGUUUUCGGAACGCGGCGGUAUCGUUCCCCAUGGUGGGUGGUGGGCUGCUGCGGGCGAUGGAGUACGGCGCGUUCCUCGUACAGUUCCUGCGUUGGUGGGACGCCGCCGCGCCCACAUCCCACAGCCUGCCCGCGCCUCCGCCCCCACACAAAAUAGAAAAAGACCAGAAGUAUAUGAAUAAAUGCCCUGUAUGUUUGAACACGUGGCGGAUACCGACGGUCCUGCCUGUUUCUGGGUACGUGUAUUGUUAUACGUGUAUAUCUCGGGAGCUGAACGCACGCGGCGCGUGUCCCGCUACCGGCUGUCCGGCCAAUGCGCGAUCAUUGAUACGACUUUAUCUGUCAUAGCAUUAGCGAACACACUAAAUACCUACCUAUGUUACAGAUAAAAACCAGUUUUUAGAUAGAACACGUUUUCCAACAGUUAGACCUAGAUUUUACUACAUAUCUUUGAUUAAAAUAGAAUUAACGAAUGCCCAAAAUUGUAUAUCAGUUAAAACUUGUUCUUACUAGACAAGAUGCCUUUUUACCGAAACGAAUCAGUGAAUAAUAACUUUAUUCUAUAAUUUUUUUUCUUAAGUGUUAAAAAAAAUCACCUCGAAAUUGAAUACGAUCGCAAAGCGAAGCGUAGCGAUCGUUUGAAAUUUCUUACCGAUCACGAAAUGAAAUGUAAUGAUGACCAAAAUAACUUCGUUGUUUAUCAUUCUUUGUUGUUAUUAACUAUCGUAUCACGAAACUUCGUAAUCGUAAUCGUUUCUUUAUUGCUAUUUUUACUAAAGCUCGAAGUGAUAUUUUUUCUAAAAGUCAAAUAUAUUAAUGGCAAGUUCUUGUUUUGACUAGGUACUUCUAGUUUUUAACAAAAGCAUUUAGAAAAAACUAGUUCUAACUAGGAAGAAUACGAUCUAUCUAAAACUUAAUUGUAGCACUUCUACUAAGUACCACUACUUUUUACAGUAUGAAAAUAUUGUUGGCAGUGCUCAAAUAAUUUAGUUUAUUAUAAUUUAAUCAUAUUUAUUGUCCAUAGUGAUCCGAAGUGUUUCAGAGUGAAUUUAUAACAAAUUAUUAUUCUAUUUUACUGAUUGUUAUUUUUAUUGACUUAAUUAUUUUCCUAUGCGAAUGUAAUGUACGCUCGUUUCUGUAGUACAUAUCAUGUUGCAGUACUGUAUGAAAUAAAUAAAUUUUCCAACAUUGUAGAAAAAGGUUUCUACAGAAUCUGUAGAUAUGCCAUGAUAUCGCUUUUUUCACUUAAAUCGCGUCAUAAAUCAUGUUUAACGUUAAAGACUAUUUAUUAUUAUUAAUUUAAUGUGAUCACAAUUAUUAGAUACCUUCUCAGAAUAUAUGAUUUCUGACCGAACGCCGACGAAAUAAUACCUAUGUACUGUUUAAAAAAACGCCGUUUUUGAAUGAGGAAGUAUUUAAAAAUAAAAAGAAAGCACCAAAAAAGCACCUCCACGAGAUGGCGACUCUAGCAAACGUUGAUUUUUGCAGGAAACGAAUGGAACAAAAGUAGUCAUUUCCGUUCCUUUUUACU